GCGGCACGGGAGUCCCGAAGUAACGGCCAUGUCCUACACGUGCUGAAAUUCCUUACGUGUCACAUCCUCAUCCAAUUAAUCCACACCAAGCACGUGCCUGUCACCAUCUCCUCCGGUCAAAUUCUAACCCUAGUUAGAGACGUAAAACACAAUAUAACUGAAAAGAAAGAAACGAGUAGAAAUUUUAAUUCAAUUUUCAAUUUUGUUGAGAGGCAAAGGCAAAGGCAAAGACAAAGGCGAAGGCAGAGGCAGCUUCGAGCAAUGGCUGCCAAGAAGCUGUACGAGUCGUUCUCCAAGAGUUUGAUGGAGGAGGUUCAUCGUUGGGGAUGCAUGAAGCAGACAGGUGUCAGCUUGAGGUACAUGAUGGAGUUUGGUUCUAAACCUACUGAGAAGAAUCUCUUAAUCUCUGCUCAGUUUCUUCAUAAGGAGCUUCCUAUUAGAAUCGCUAGACGUGCUAUUGAACUCGAAAGCCUUCCUUAUGCUUUAUCUGAAAAGCCUGCAGUUUUGAAGGUUAGAGAUUGGUAUUUGGAUUCGUUUCGGGACAUGAGGUCAUUUCCAGAGAUAAAGGAUUCGAGUGAUGAGAGGGAAUUUACGCAAAUGAUUAAGGCGAUCAAGGUGAGGCACAAUAAUGUGGUACCCAUGAUGGCAUUGGGAGUUCAACAGUUGAAGAAAGUGAUGGAUCCCAAGAUUGUUUAUGAGGAUCUUGAUGAGAUUCAUCAGUUUCUGGAUCGGUUUUACAUGUCGAGAAUUGGAAUUCGUAUGCUUAUUGGGCAGCAUGUGGAGUUGCACAAUCCGAAUCCCCCUCCUCAUUGUGUUGGUUAUAUAAACACAAAAAUGUCUCCGAUGAAGGUUGCAAGGAAUGCCAGUGAGGAUGCGCGUUUUAUUUGUUUACGGGAGUAUGGCAGUGCUCCCGAGGUUAAUAUAUAUGGUGAUCCCGAUUUUACAUUCCCGUAUGUUCCCUCACACUUGCAUCUUAUGGUAUUUGAGUUGGUUAAGAACUCAUUGCGUGCUGUUCAAGAACGGAAUAUGGACUCAGAUAGAGUUGCACCUCCUGUUCGAAUAAUAGUUGCUGACGGAUUAGAGGAUGUUACUAUUAAGGUCUCUGAUGAGGGGGGUGGCAUUGCAAGAAGUGGUCUUCCCAAAAUAUUCACAUAUCUUUAUAGCACUGCAAAAAACCCAUUGGAUGAGAAUUUGGAUAUUGAUUCAACCGAUGCAGUAACAAUGGCUGGAUAUGGAUAUGGGCUUCCUAUAAGUCGCCUCUAUGCACGGUAUUUUGGUGGAGAUCUGCAGAUUAUCUCCAUGGAAGGAUACGGGACGGAUGCAUAUCUUCAUUUGUCUCGUUUGGGGGAUUCGCAAGAGCCGCUGCCAUGAAAUUACGUGGGGGUUGGUUUUCUAAAAAAAUUGUUAUUGAAAAUAUAAGACAAAUGGUGUAAAAUUUGUCCAAGGGAUCCAUUGCUGUCAAUUUUAAUCUUAAUAAAUUGGCAGUUUUCUUGUAUAUUCUAGGUUCGUGGUCUGCUUCUAAACUUUCCGCGCCAAAGAAACAAAAUUUAUGUAGUGAUAAGGCCAACUUACCUGCCUACUUUUGGUGGGUAUGGUAUGGGGAGGAAUAAAUUAGGUAAUAGAGGCAUGUGGAGAUAGAUUCCUUUCCUAGAAAGAAAAAAAAAAAAAAAGAGAAAAGGGAUUUAGGGAUAUUGAGAGGAUGUGUUUGUCAGUGAAGAUUCUUUGGAUUGCGGCUCUUUACAUGUUAAUGGGAACUAAGCUGGACUCUAUAAUAUAUUGUACUGCAUGA